GCCGAGCCCGGCGGGCGGCUGAAGCGCGUGGGGCCGGGCUGCGAGCGGGGCUCGCGGCGGUUACUCUGGUUACUGUCAGCAAGGGAUGCUGGGGCCCCGGCGGUCUGGCGUCCUCCCUGCGCUCUGACCGACGUUCUCUCCCGAGACGGCCAUUCACUCUCGAGGAAGGCCAAGUGACGGUCGGAUAGGUACGGGGCCGUGCCUUCGGGGCUCGCUGAGGAGAGAUUUCUAGGGAGGGCUGUGCUGCCCGGCUCCUGCCGCGCUUCGGGGCGCCGUGGCCAUCUUUUGUUGGAGAAGGCUGCCGGGCCAGUGUUGCUAGCUUUCCCAGCACCCAGAUCCUUCUGCGCCCCCAACUCCUGCCGACCAAGCACCUGCAGCUGCUGACAAAAAGACCUUUUACAGCCCGACGAGCGGACAUCGGAGUAUUCAGCUACUCUCGCCGCUUAGCUCGAGAGAGAGAGAGAGAGAGAGAGAGAGAGAGAGAGAGAGAGAGACACCUGUCUGUAAGUUGGCUGAAUGAAGAAGUGUCUGCUCAGGAGCUCUUGGAGGAGGCAGGCUUUAAAUGCUGCUUUCUAAGACCGGGACAACUUAAGAGACGCUUGUACUCUCAAUGAUUUCAAAAUUUGAUCUCGUCUGACUCUUGAUUCUGAAACUAUUGACAGGAAGGAGUUCGGCCUGUGUCCCGGGCCCCUUUUGAGAACUACAUUUUGAGGAGAACCUUUUAAUCGCCAAAACCCUCCCGAGGGGAAAAAAAAAGACCUUAAAAGCCCCCAAACACAAGAAUCCUCAGCCUUGGCUGGUGCCACCAAAGAAGCUUUUUGAGCCAUGUGGACUUUUCUUGGCAUUGCCACCUUCACCUAUUUUUAUAAGAAAUGCGGGGAUGUCACCCUGGCCAACAAGGAGCUCCUGCUGUGCGUGCUAGUGUUCCUGUCGCUGGGUCUGGUGCUCUCCUACCGCUGUCGCCAUCGAAACGCGGGCCUCCUUGGCCGCCAGCAGAGCGGCUCCCAGUUCGCUGCCUUCUCGGAUAUUCUCUCUGCUUUGCCUCUUAUUGGUUUCCUCUGGGCCAAGUCACCCUCCGAAUCAGAAAAGAAAGAGCAGCUGGAGUCCAAGAGGUGCAGAAAAGAAAUCAAUGUUUCAGAAACAACAUUAACAGGAGCAGCUACCUCAUUAUCGACAUCUUCACAGAAUGACCCGGAAAUUAUCAUUGUGGGAUCUGGUGUACUUGGAUCUUCUUUGGCAGCAGUUCUUUCCAGAGAUGGGAGAAAGGUGACAGUAAUCGAGAGAGAUUUAAAAGAGCCUGACAGAAUAGUUGGAGAACUUCUGCAGCCAGGUGGCUACCGUGUUCUUCAAGAACUGGGCCUCGGAGAUACAGUAGAAGGUUUUAAUGCCCAGUUUGUACAUGGCUACAUAGUUCAUGAUUGUGAAAGCAGAUCUGAAGUGCAAAUUCCGUACCCGGUGUCAGAAAACAGUCAAGUGCAGACUGGAAUUGCUUUCCACCAUGGCAAAUUCAUCAUGAGUCUCCGGAAAGCAGCUAUGGCAGAGCCCAACGUAAAGUUUAUAGAAGGUGUUGUGCUUCAGUUACUAGAGGAAGAGGAUGCUGUGAUAGGGGUGCAGUACAAGGACAAGGAGACCGGAGACACCAAGGAGCUGCACGCCCCGUUGACUGUGGUUGCAGAUGGGCUUUUCUCCAAGUUCAGGAAGACCCUCACCUCCAAUAAAGUUUCUGUCUCAUCUCAUUUUGUUGGCUUUCUUAUGAAGAAUGCACCACAAUAUAAGGAAAAUUUUGCGGAGCUUUUACUGAUCAAUCCAGGUCCGGUUCUCAUCUACCAGAUUUCAGCCAGUGAAACUCGGGUGCUUGUCGAUAUCCGUGGAGACAUGCCAAGGAACUUAAGAGAGUACAUGGUUGAGCACAUUUACCCACAGAUACCUGAUCACCUGAAGGAGCCAUUUCUGGAGGCAUCUCAGAAUGCUCGUCUGAGGACCAUGCCAGCGAGCUUUCUUCCUCCUUACCCAGUGAACAAACGAGGCGUCCUUCUCCUGGGAGAUGCAUAUAACCUGAGGCACCCUCUUACUGGUGGAGGAAUGACAGUUGCUUUCAAAGAUGUAAAAUUAUGGAGAAAGCUGUUAAAAGACAUUCCUGACCUUUAUGAUGAUGCUGCUAUUUUCCAGGCCAAAAAGUCAUUCUAUUGGUCAAGAAAAAGGACCCAUUCCUUUGUUGUGAAUGUGCUGGCUCAGGCUUUGUAUGAAUUAUUUUCUGGUACAGAUGAUUCUUUGCAUCAGCUACGGAAAGCUUGCUUUCUAUAUUUUAAACUUGGUGGAGAAUGUGUGACAGGUCCCGUUGGGCUACUUUCUGUAUUGUCUCCUCACCCUCUCGUGUUGAUCCGACACUUCUUUGCCGUUGCAGUCUACGCCACAUAUUUCUGCUUUAAAUCAGAACCGUGGGCUACAAAACCGCGAGCCCUUUUCAGCAGUGGUGCUGUCCUGUACAAAGCGUGCUCUGUGAUAGUUCCGCUCAUCUAUUCAGAAAUGAAGUACCUGGCUCACUGAAGGGGAAACCACUUGAAAGUCAAGUCCAUUGAGACUUGAGGAUGUAUAUAGUAUAGAACUGUGUGACUUCCACAGUGGAGACUCAAGGACCACGCUGUGUACAAGCAUGUAAAUAUAUGCCUUAAUUUACGGCUGAAAAUGAAGGGUCAAAUAAGAUGUUUAAAAGGAUGAUUGUUUCCACAAAUUAGUGCUAACACUCAGAUUUUUCUUUUGAUUUCAAUAUUUGGGGUGAUUCAUUGGAACAUGCCAAUAAAAUGAAGAGUGAACUCUUA